UUCUACUUACUAUUAUUAAAAAGAUGUUUUUGUUGAGGAAACAAUAUUUUUUGUUGUUGUCGUCUGCACAAUACCUUUCUAAGCAAUCCCGAUUAUAUUGGACAAAAGUUAGUAUGCUUGUGCACCUCUAUACUAAGGUUUAUUAAAUAUUUUUCAUUUUCAAAGGAACGUUCCCAAACGUUUUGGGAAGUAGACUGUCAACUGAAUGGUGACGAUUUCUUUAAGAGCAAUUUUAGAAUGAAGAGAAGUACGUUCCUUGAGCUGUGUGGAUAUUUAAGAGUGUUGGAAAAAGAGGAUACCCCUUUACGUAAGGCUAUCACUUUACACAAACGGGUAGCCAUUGCUUUGUAUGCAUUGGGAUCAUCGGCAGAAUAUCGCACCAUAGGAAACACGUUUGGAGUUGGAAAGUCCACUGUAUGUGGAAUAGUUAAGGAGUUUUGUUUUCAGACUUGGAAGGUUUUAAGUCCAAUUUUCAUGCCAACUUUUCCAUUAACGAGACAAUAAAUUGCCGAAUUAGUCCAGGGAUUCGAAAUGAUUGGCUUUCCUCCGUGCAUGGGAGCAAUUGACGGUUGUCAUAUUGAGAUUCAUCCUCCUAGACAAGAUGCCACGGACUAUCAUAAUUACAAAGGGUGGUAUUCCACCAUCCUACUCGCGUUAGUUGAUGCAAGAUACCGAUUUGUUUAUAUCAAUGUUGGUAGUCCAGGACGGUGUAACUAUUCCCAAAUUUUUGAGUCAUCAGUGCUGAAGGCACAAUUAGAACAGUGUUCUCACCUUCACGAAAUGAGUAGAACUAGUUCAGAUGUUGAUGUGCCGGUUUUCAUAGUAGGAGACUCAGCUUUUCGUUUCAGCAAAAUAUUGAUGAAGCCUUAUGCAUUCCAAAUAAUGCAAAAUGAAAGGGAAAAAAGUUUUAACUAUACGCUUUCGAAAGUGCGAAGGGUUUUUGAAAAUGCCUUUGGUCAUCCUAAGGCCCGGUUCCGACGAAUAGGCAAAGGUAUAGACAAUAAAGUCGAAAAUACGAAUGCUAUUAUCAAAGCAUGCUGUGUUCUGCACAACUUCUUAAACGAAAGAAACGACAACAUUAACGAAAAAUGGAUGUCCGCAGUGCAGGAUAUGGAAAGGAAUCGUCAAUAUCCACAACAAGAAAUGUCUGUCAACGAUCGUCAAAAUAGUGCAGAAAUAAUUCGAAAUAGUCUAGCUACCUUUUUUUAUGCACGGGCAGCUGCUGAUGUCGACGGUGUUGGGGUGCAUCGGAAGGCCAAGUGGGAGAAACAUCACAUUCAUAAAGAUCGCCCGAUGAUGUCUCUAUAG